UUUUUUCUCUUAAAAUAUCUUUCGAGCCCUAUAUAAAUUGCCUCCUCACCUUCCUUGUUCCUCAUCACCAGCACACUUCAAACUCUUGACUCCUUUUUCACCAAUCCACAAUUGUAAACAUGAGCAAAGGAGUUAUCCUUCGUCUGACCUUUGGGAUUAUCGGAAAUGCUGCUGGUUUGUUUCUCUUCUUAUCUCCAGCUGUUACAUUCAAGAGAAUCGUGGCUAAAAAAUCUACUGAACAAUUCUCUGUCAUACCUUAUAUCAUGACUUUGCUCAAUUGCUUGCUCGCCGCUUGGUAUGGCCUUCCUUUUAUUACAAAAGACAAUUAUCUAUUGACUGCAAUAAAUGCGGCUGGGAUUGUUAUCGAGACGACCUAUGUGUUUAUUUUCUUCAUAUAUUCACCUAAGAAGGAGAAAAGCAGGAUUCUGAGGAUUCUUGCUUGUGUUAUUAUCCUCUUCUCGGCCAUUGCCUUGGUUUCUAUUUUUGCCUUUCACAGAGAGAAGCACAGAAAGUUGAUUUGUGGUUUUGCCCUUUCACUAUUCUCCAUCAUAAUGUAUGCUUCUCCUUUGGCAGUCAUGAAGGUGGUGAUUAAGACCAAGAGUGUGGAGUAUAUGCCCUUCUUACUUUCACUGUUUGUGUUCCUGAGUGCUACUUGUUGGCUUAUCUAUGGAUUAAUCGGGAAGGACAUUUUUAUUCUUGUGCCAAAUGUACUCGGGUGUCUGUUUGGGGCAAUGCAGCUGACUUUGUACGCAGUUUACUGCAAAAAUAAAGGUGAAACCAAGAAACCAGCCAUGGAUAGAUCCUUGGAGAACAGAGGACCGUCUCUUGAUCUUCAGAAGCUACCAAAUUAGGAAGUUCACAACUUAGCAAAAGCCAUAUUCUCUAACCAAUUAAGAUUAUUCUCCUUGUGUUCAUCUUUAAUCUGUGUCUUCUCAUUUCUGCCCUAAAGCUCUCUCUAACUUCAAUAGCAGCUUGUAUCAUGUAUUAUACUUCUAGUGUUGUUUCUGGUUUUGUUUAUUGUUGUUUUAUGGUAAAACCCAGGUUUUAAGUAUCUUUUUUUUUAAUAAAU